GGAACAAAGCUCAUUCCGAGCAGUAGGUCUGGCAUGAGUACUGACACCUCGAUUGCACCAGAAAGUGCUACUGCUCUAGGAGAACUAGUGAGCGGAAGUUCAGCUGUACACAAGUGAUGGGCAGACUAUUCUAUAGUGGUCGUACUCCUGGGCAUUGGCGUUUUCAGAGCUGGAUCUGAACUCGUGGAUGAGAAACUGUGGAAGUUCACGUAACGAGUUCUGCUAGUCGUCACCGAGAGCUUCCGCUUGGAGUGGAAAAUUUGAGGAUAAAAUUUUUUCUUCGAGAACCAGCAGCAGCUCAGAUGGCGGCUUCGGGGAGGUUCGACAUUUCUGUGCAUUUCAUUCAACUGCUAGUUUGCUGCGCAUGGUUGGUGACAAACUCUCAGUUGGCUCAGUCUGCACCAAUCAAAAUCACAUUCGAUGGCUGCAUUCCGGGAUUUGCCAACAAUAAAACUCAGUACUGCUGCCCACCACCAUAUAAAGGCGAGAUAGUGGACUUCUGCCCCAAGAGGAAUAUGAGUAAACCUCUGAGAGUUAGGAAAGCCCUGCAAUGCUUAAGCGGGCACGAGCUGAAGGUCUAUACCGAGAAGUUGGACAAGGCCUACACAAUUUUACGCAAUCUUCCAGACGACGAUCCUCGUUCGCUGAAUCAACAAAAAAGACUGCACUGCAGCUACGGUACAGGCGGGUUUGUUCAGCAAGGUACCGACAAUAUCACCAUCGACAUCCACUUCAGCUGGUUGUUCUUCCCCUGGCAUAGAUACUUCAUCUACUUCCACGAGAGAAUAAUUCAGCACGUUCUGGACGAUCCGGAAUUCUCUCUGCACUUCUGGAAUUGGGACAAUGGCUUCACAGUUCACAAACCGAAGGGAGCUCGAAGCGGCUGCUACAAGAGGGGUGACUUACUUCCACCCAUCUACAACAUCACGGGAAUGGGCCAGUACCAAAAUCGCUCAUCCAGGACCAAAUUGCCAGGCCUGCCUGUGGACCUUGGAAUCGUUCCCGAGGAGCGUGACAACCCUCCGACCCGACCAGCAGAAGUUGUCAAGCCCAGGAAUCUUGCCACCAUGCAUGCUAGUAUGGUCACUGUGGGAAACACAACCAGGGGAUUCAUGGGCAGAAUUUACAGGUAUGGAGACUACCAGGUUCUGGACCCACUGACAGGAGCAGGAGGAUUGGAAGUCAUGGGCCAUGCCAGUAUCCAUUGGUGGGUUGGGAAUACCAUGGGCGUGGUGGAAACUUCGGCUGGAGAUCCUCUUUUCUAUGCUCAUCACUCGAAUAUCGACAGAUUGUGGAACAACUGGCACAAAGUUCCCGGAGGAGAGCGCGUGGACUACUCAGAUCCCGAUUUUCUCGAGGCAGAGUUUCUGUUCUACGAUGAAACCGCUACCAUUAGAAGAGUUAAGGUCAAGGAUGCACUAGACAUGGAGGAGUUUGGGUACAAGUUUCAGAAAGCUAAUGACAUCAGCUGGAUAGACUACGUCCCUACUGUGAACUCCACCAGCAAUUCUACGAUAAACUCGACCGAUUCCUACAAGCCGCAGGUUCACUUCCCGACGAGGUGGAACAGAGAUUGAGUUCGACAGGGUAUCAAAGUCCCUCCCGUGAGGAGAAGAUAAGAACCGACUUCGGACCUCAACUAUUGAAUUUAUCGUUCAAAUUUGCGGACCUGUUUGCAGGUCAAACAAGUCAAUGCAGCAGCAAGAAAAUGCCACAAGUGAUUGUCCUUAUUAUACUCAAUGAAUGCUCGAUUCCUCUACUGGAGUCAGAGCAGUAAGUAUUUGCGGUAGAUUAGUACAGAACACCAAAUCAGCAGAGAAGAUGGAUAGUUUUUCUACAGCUAUCUCGUUUGGGUAAUACAGGGGAUUUUACAUACUCAUAUAGAAUUCAGUCACAGGAUAUGUGAAUAUUAUCAUCUAAGCCGGAUCGAUUCCGUCGUUGUUAGCUGAGUAACAAUCACAGCAACUUUGGGGAACGGCCCUGAUGUUCUGAUGAGCCAUAGGUUCUGAUACGGGUCUUAGCGUAAACGCUAGGUACAUACCGUGUAUGAUCAAGAUCUAUGUCUGCUUCAGCUCUAAAUGAUCCAGGCAUAGUUUUUUUUGCACCAGAGUUUGCGGUCAAAUUUUCGAUCACAAACUUUGUAGCUCUGCACUCACAGAUUUGUUGCCCUGUACUUUCUUCCAUAGGGUCCUUCAAAAAAUAACCGUCUGUGAUUCGAAGGACACAGGUGACCUGAUUCAAUAAGGAAUAUAUUUUCCUAUGAAGGAUUGCUAUCAUUUUUUUUCAAGAAUGGCAUACUGACUGUCUACUGGAGUGUUUGCUUUACGUACAUCAGCGAACAGUUGUAACGAUCAAACGGGGAAGUUGUCUAUAUCCAAGUAGAUACCGAGUUUUUAACGGAAGUA